UCUUGACGCUUCUCAGUCUAUAAAAGAACCAUGGCAAAUCGGAAUCAGCCAUUUCAAAUCGAAUCACUCUUUACGUUUCUCAGUCUAUAUAAGAACCAUGGCAAAUCGGAAUCAGCCAUUUCAAAUCGAAGGCAAACUUUUGGAAGACAAGGAAUCAUGGCAAUCAACAAAAUUGGUGCAAUGGCUAUUCUUUUUUGUGGAAUGAUUCUUCUGGGAGCAAAUGUGGAAGUCAAGGCUGUCAGGCAUGGGCUUCUCAGGCCCUGCCCACGAAAUUGCAUAGGAGGCUCCGUGUACAAGAUCUGUAAUGGAACGAAGACCUACACAACUUGCACCAAUUGUUGCGUCUCCGACGGCUGCACUGUUUACUUUAUUGGUGGAUUUUCAAUAGAUUGUAAAUGGCCUUAUGCAACGUAUUAAUCUCAUGAUUGGGGUUCUGUACUCUGGAUUCCUAAUAUCAUACUAAUCGAGUACUAAAUAAUGGGCAAUGUAGUUUCCGCGAGGGUGGCAUAUAACUAUGUAGUCUA